UUGUGUGUGCAUGCUUCUGACUAUCAUAUCAGUAAUUUAUUGCUGAAUACUGAUAUGGAGUUGAGAAAAGGUGCAUGGACCAAAGAGGAAGAUCAUCUUCUCAGGAAGUGCAUUGAAAAACAUGGAGAAGGAAGAUGGCACAAGAUUCCUCUCCAAGCAGGCUUAAAGAGAUGCAGAAAGAGCUGUAGAAUGAGGUGGUUGAAUUACCUUAAGCCAACCAUCAAGAGAGGAGAAUUUGAAGAUGAUGAAGUAGAUCUAAUGAUUAGGCUUUACAAGCUUUUAGGAAACAGGUGGUCAUUGAUUGCUGGCCGACUUCCAGGAAGAACCUCAAAUGAUGUGAAAAACUAUUGGAGUGCUCGGAGAAGGAGAAAUAUAGAUCUGAACAUCGUAAAAGAUAAAUCUCGAGAAAUGACAAGGACCACUAUAAUAAAGCCUCGACCACGGACCUUCACAAAAAGUUUACAUAUUCCCGGUGACAGAGCAGCAACCUUAAAGAAUAGUAAUAUAAACAUAUCAUUACCUCCAGUAAACGGACUUGAUGAGUGGAAAAUUGUACCACCGGAACAUGUCUCUACAAACUUAUGGGUUCAAGAUAUGGCCUCAAUGACCAAAACAUGUGCCAAUGUUGCCGAACGAAGUUUCGAAUCUGACCUUUGGCAUUUUCUCCAAGAAGAGAUGAGAGAACAAGAUUCAGAUGAUCUAAUAAAUCUCAAAAUAAAAAAUUAAAGUCUAAAAGAGAUUCAUGAGACCCUUAUGCUACCAGAAAUCGGAAGUCUGUUGUGCGUCUUGAUUUUUGAUUCAAUCAGCUCUGCUUAUUUAUGCUUAUGUUUUGGUUGUCUUUUCAUUUUGGUAUUUCUUCUAAGGGAUCUUGGCUUCAUGUGCCC